GGAAGGAAAUAAGGAUAUCCUUGGACUGCAGAUCUUUUUUGAUUGUGAAUUUGUGUAUCAAACAAUCAAUGUAAUUAGUACUUAAAUGUGUUUAAUCGUAAGGCAAACGUGUUAUUUAUAAUGUCGAAUCACACAAUAGAUGGUAAACUGAAAGGUUUAGAGGAGCGCUUCCAGAACGAGUUGCGUAUGCGAAAAGAAGGUUCUUUUCAUAGUCAAGGUGCACUUGGGUCUAGUAGACCUGGCAGCGGACGGAGGCCUAACAAACCCUUAUUUGGCAAGGAUAUACCGGCGUUCCCGCCGCGGUCGCCUCAUGCGGCGGAGACCGAGAACAGGAUGAGGGAGGUCCACAAGGUGAGCGGCAACCUGACCGUGAACAACGUGCAGUACCGCUCGAACGUGGACGACCUCAUCCACCUCGGCGAGCUCGGCAGCGGCACCUGCGGGCACGUGGUCAAGAUGAUGCACAAGCCUUCGGGUGCCGUCAUCGCCGUCAAGCAAAUGCGGAGGUCGGGAAACUCUGAGGAGACGAAACGCAUUCUGAUGGAUCUUGACGUAGUUUUGGGCUCACACGACUGCCAAUACAUAGUGCGUUGUCUCGGCUGUUUCGUGACCGACGCCGACGUGUGGAUCUGCAUGGAACUGAUGGCGUCCUGUUUCGACAAGCUGCUCAAGCGAUUGGGCGCGCCCAUCCCCGAGGCGAUACUCGGCAAGGUCACCGUCGCGACGGUGAACGCACUAUCGUACCUGAAAGACACGCACGGCGUCAUCCACCGGGACGUCAAACCGAGCAACAUACUACUGGACGAACGCGGGAACGUGAAGCUAUGCGACUUCGGUAUCAGCGGGCGACUGGUCGACUCCAAGGCCAAGACUAGGAGCGCCGGCUGCGCGGCGUAUAUGGCACCUGAACGGAUCGACCCCCCGGACCCGCAGCGGCCCGACUACGACAUCCGCGCCGACGUGUGGUCGCUCGGCAUCUCGCUGGUCGAGCUGGCCACCGGCGUCUUCCCCUACAUGAACUGUCAGAACGACUUCGAAGUGCUCACCAAGGUGAUAUCGGACGACCCGCCGCAACUGCCGGAGGACAGCAACUUUUCACCAGAAUUCAAGUCUUUCGUAUCACAAUGUCUAACGAAGAACUACAGACAACGGCCGAAGUACGCCAAACUAUUGGAACACCCGUUCGUAGUGAAGUCGGCGAGGAGUAACGUGUCUGUGGCGGAUUGGUACGCGAACAUAACGGGGGGACACCCCACGCCGGCCAAGACCGUGACAACAACAGCGACGCACACGGUCACGAGUGCUCGGGAGUUCGAAGCGCCCGUGACGCCCCAACCCGCCAGGAACAUGGUCACCAGCCAGUGGAACGUGGAGCUCACACCCACGCCCGCCAGGGCGUGGUGGGCGUCGGCAGGCCCGCACGCCGGAGGCAGCUCCUCGCAGCCCGCAAGCCUCGAGACGGACUUCGCGAACCACUCGCCAUAUCCUCGCCGCAGGACGCUAGAGGCAUGCGCGUCGCCGCCCCCGCCGCCGGCGCGACGGGUCUCCGCGGACAACCGGUGGCGGCCCUCCCCCGCGAGCUCGGGCAACACUAGUCCUAUAGUCCUCCAGAGGUUCUAUCACCAGAGCCAGCAGCGGCGGUCGCGGGUCGACCUGCACGCCACGCCCCGCCACCGAAGCCUAAGCCGGGAGCACAGCACGGGGCGGUCGCCGGAGCCCCCGCCGCGCACGGGCCGCCCGCACCCCAUGCUCGGACACGAGGCAAACGGAGUGGACUUGGAGCCGCCGUCGCUCCACGACCGGUUGCACCCACACCCGCCGUCGCCGCUCCUGCUCAACAAUAGGUACGCGAGGUUAUCUGAAGGCCGCAGCCAAAGCCUUACCCGCGCCGAGCCCCGGAACGGGUUCCGCACGGACCUGCCCGCGCCGCACGCGCCGCGGCACCGCCACGACGACCAAGGCAGGCGGGAGCCGCACCCGCACUCCAACAGAUGGGCGCCAGCGGAGAGUUGGAGCGUGCCCGCGUCCCCCCUCCCCCCUCGGGCGCCGCCCCCGCGCCCCGCGGACUAGCGCCGCGACACGUGGUACGUCGACAAGUGGCUCCACCGCGUCGCGUACUGCACACCGUAGAGGUAGAGCCACCCACAAACAAGUCACAGUUACGCUUGAAGGUAACCUUACGUCAUGAGAUUACAGGCUAUUUAUCGUUUGACAUUACGGCUUGUUAUAAUCAUACUCGACUUGAGAUUAUAAAAAGUUGAGGCAGGCAACCCCGCGUUUCAAAUCAUAACUUUAUUUAAAAUAACAGGCGGGCUUGUUAUUGGUGAUGACAAGAUUAUUUUGUUAUUCUGUAAUUGAUAGUCAUGCUUAUGUCAAAUUGAGCCAAUAGGCAAGCUUGUUAUGGUUAUGUCAAACUCAUCAUGUUAAAUCAAGUCUCAACUAAAUUAAGUCAAACUUUGUACGUCACGUUUAAUGGUUCAGGUCUAUUUACUUACAGAUUGUGAUUCGGCAUUUCUCGGUUAUUGUCGGCAAAGCUCGUCACUCUUAGAGCGUUUAAAUAAAAUUCUUCACUAAAGCAACAGGACUUAACUUGACAUAAAUUGCUUUUUCGAGACUUAGAUGUUAUAUAAUUAUAUACCGGGUGUGGCCUGUAAUAUGAGCAAAAAAUUAAACUGUAGGCUGCACUCCUCAUACUGACCAACAUUUGUUCAGCGACUAUUGAAAAUAACAUGUGGUUUGAUUUUUAAUACACUUCAAAGUUUAUUCUAAGACGCAAUGUAUUGCGAAUUUUGUUAUGUUUAAGGCGUGACAAGCAACGUCAAUCACGUAUGCGUGUGGCGAUGGCGUCCAUUGAAGAUAAUAUUUAUUUUGUAUGAAAAAUAGGGAGUCUAAAUACUUCAUAAUUUUUAAAAGUUGUAGAACAAUAGUGGCACCGUUUGAGGAGUACAAUACAAUCUAUGUUUUAAUUAUUUGCUCGUGUUACAGGCCACACCCGGUAUAUAUUUAAAAUAUUUCCUGUCAUUUUGCCGAUAACAACCAAGACAUGACGAAUGAAAAAAGUAAUCUACUCGCAUGAACUUCACGACUUAUUGAAUACUAUGUCAAGACUUUUAUAAGCUACACGAGUCAAAGUCGGCCGUUACGUACUUUUACAGCUCGGCAAUGUAUAAUUUGAUUUCUGCUUUGGUUUAGUCUUCAUGAAAUAUUUAUCGUUAAAGUAGUAAUCAAAUCAAAGUGUACAUGGCCCAUGUAUUAACAGGUCCAUACAAAUUAAACCAUGUUAAUUAUACCUAGCCACAAAUGUCAGUACGCUUAACGCUGUGCGUUGACUUCCAAGUUAUGUCAAGUAUUAAAAUUAUUUUAAACGUGCUAUUACGCGGCGUGUUACCUUUGUACGUUUUAUACCUCGUCACAGUGACAAUAGUUUGAGGUCUCUAGCGACUUUCAUAUUGAUUGUCACUGUGAUAAAACUGAUAAAGUACGAAAUGGGUCGUAUAAAAAUACUUUCGACCGUACUUACUUAAUAAGUUGCGCGUUCGAUCAGUAGAGACGAUGUAGUGGGUGCUCCAGUCGAAGAUUCUCAAAAACGGAUCUUACACUUAUAACGACCAAGAGCAGCUUUAUUGUGCACAGUGCGAUCGGACAUUUAAAACUAAGUUCGGUUUUGCGAGCAAUAUACGUGCUCAUCAGAGGAAUUUGUAAAGGUCGCCGUUGUCGGACACGACAUGGAGGACUACAUAACCCGUUUAAAAUAGUUUUCAUAUAUUUGAGUCUCACGACAGUUUUAUAGCUAUAUCAAAUGAUUUACAAGUUAGACUAAAAAGUUGUAUAUUUUAGACUUAGUACAAACUAUGUCAAGUUAAGACUUAUUAGAAUAUUGCGAUUGAUAAUAUAACAUGUAAUCCGAGGGCCAUGAAAGUUCCGAGCGAGCAGCGUCAAGGAAGGACAUUUUAUUGAACAUUGUACACUUUUUAUGUUAUUUCUAUUCAGAGUCACGAGCUCGUUCUAUCCUUAUAGGAGGAAAUAAGUUUCCCAAGAUUUUUAUUUCCAUUCUGUUACCAUUUUUCACAGACUUUGUAUGACGGUAACGAAAUGAAAGAAACGAAAAAUGUAUGGAAUUUGAACACUCUUCAUAUUAGAGUCGAAAAACUCGUGAUGUUGAGCAGGAAUAACAUAAAAAAUCCUAAAUUUGAUAUUAAAAUUAUAGCUGUCGACGCCAACUGAAUUUUUGUGGCCCUACAGAUUUAAAUACAAGAAAUUCAUUAAUGGCCUAUGCAUUGAUUUGUGUAGACACAAUGUACGAGUGUUUUUGUGUAUUUGUGAGUUGAAGGCGCGCAGGGUGCCCUGCGCUUUACAAAAUUCGCUUUUAUACACGAGUUAAGAUGAUACAAGCAUAGAUUUAGGCAAGCUUUAAGAGUAAUACAUAUUUUGUACAGUCACAAGGCUCUGAUAUAUAUUUCCUAUGUAGUCAUUUGUUUUUGCCUUGAAACUAUUGACGUUGCGUGUCACCAGACUGACAAUUGUCGCCUGACAUUGACAAUUGGCCGUACAUUGCUGGCCCAACAAGUAUAAAUUGACACUACGUAACGUCGUUACUUUCCGACCCAGAAAUUUACAAGUUGUCAAGUUGCCGAAAAGGCGCCUGUGAGGAUAUGACGGUUGCAUUAUUAUCGUCUGACGUUCUCGCUAUUCUCGCUUACAUACGUUAUAGAAUGCGUGUGACAGCAUGGUGACAGACGGUAAAAGCGCAACUAACUUUACAUUGAACUCAUUUUUGCGAAAUAUACAUUGUAUGUUAAGACUCACAACUAUAAAAAGUCAUAUAUAGCCCUAUAAUUGAUAACAUGAUUUUUCGAUAUGAUUUUGGCCGUUGCCAUAAGAGUUGGAUCAUUUCUAAAAUCAUAGUCAAUAAUCGAUAUUGACAACCAGACCGCGUCCGACAACUCCCGCGACUCAAUACUUGAAUUCGCGCUUACAUGUGGAGAUCAAACGCGACAACGCAAGUCCCUCUAAGAAGUAGGUGCCAUAAAGUAUAAUAUACAGGGCGCUACAGUAACGAGUUUUUUUAGACUUACAUGCACUGUUUCUACUGCUAAUAACUCUUAGAUUUGCUGUAUUAGGGGCUUCCUCUUUCAAUACUCUCACUACAUUUAUAAAACGUCUAUUGUCGUGUGUGUAUAAAUGUAUUACACUUAAAGUGAAACCAUAUAAAUUUAAGAAUGAAGUAUUACCGCUUAGCACUGUAUGUAUGUACAUAGAUCAGCUUAUGGUACCUAUUGGUAUCGGAAUGUGUUCGUAGUCAAAUUGUAUGGGAAUGCACGGAAACCCGACUUGCUGUUUCACAAAAGUAGGUACGAGUAUAUAAAAACGCGUAAAGAUAGGUGACAAAGACAAUUUGAAUUACAAGUUGAAAAUUAUCAUAAUUAUGCUUUCAUCUCUGUGACUUGGAAUGUAAGAAUAACUAUUAAAAAUAAAUACUUACGUAGCUCCAAUUAUAAUAGGCACUUGUUAUGUUGGUUCCGAGUCGGGUUUCUAUGGGACAUGGCCUAGUGGCGUGCUAAUUUAUGUGUGACUAUUCGAUAAAAUAAAAUAUGUUGUUGAAUAUCGCGUUUUGGCAUGGACUUGUUCUCAUUAAAUACUUAUAGUACAGUUGUAGUGCAUGAUUAUUUUCCAUCGUAUUUUCACGGAAACUUACUAACGUGUCUUGCUAUUUCAGUCAGUCUCGAUACAAAAAGUAAUGACGUUGACUGAAGUAGCAUGACAAAUACGAACGUUUCCGAGGAAAUACGAUGGAAAACGAUUAGGCACUACCUGUAGAGGAUAUUGACAGGGAUACGUCAUGUAAAAGUCUUAUUUUUCUAUUAGUUUCAUUUUGGUUGCCCUUUUUUAAAUUUUUAUUUCAUAUCCGUCAUCGUAUGUUGAUAACUAUAAUCGUUGGCCCCUAUCCUUGUUUUUGACUUUGUUAUAAAGAUACAAUAUAACUGAUGUUUGCCAAGUUUUGUGUACAAGUCACUUGUAUUUUAUAAUUUGAUUCAGCCGCUGGCCGGCUAAAGCCAUUAUCACACUGGUGCGGAUCCGUAUGCCACUCCGGCGUGCCAGUGAAACAACAUAACGUAUAUAGCGGUGUCCCGCUUUCACACCAGAGGCAACCCAUUUUUUUAACCAACAAUAAAUUUAAAGAGAUGAGCAAAGAAGUGUCCAGAAAAGUACCUAGCGGUUACAUGAAGUUAUUUUUUUGUUACUUCUGACCUAAGAUGUCGAUAUUUGGCAUGAUAACGUAUUGUAACUUAGCGUUAAUUUCAACGCUAUACUCAUGUAUUCAACAGUUUUUGUGGAAUCCCCUUAAGGCUUUACUGUGACGUAGCCAAGUUUGUACCCUCAUCUGUGUAUACCAAAGCAGCUGACUGCAAUACAAUCGGGCGCAACGAAAACGGCUAACACGUUUCGUACGAGUGACCCGUUUUCGUACGAGUGACCCGUUUUCGUUAAACUUGACUAUACUUGAUCGUGUAAAUACGAGCCUUACGCAAGGCUGGUACUUUUUCACUGCUCAUUUAACGAGUCUUGGAAAGCGAGAAACAUACCCGCAGUAAUUAUUAUACUAUAAUAACCAUGAUAAUUGUCAACUGACAAUGACAUUUCACUAUACAAUCAACAUUAAAUACAUUGUUACGGCCUAAAUGGCCAAAUAUAUCGAUGCACCUUAUUUCUGUGGUAACAUUUGUCACAACAUACAGCUUGUAACCGACCGUUAUUGACAGGAAAUGUUCAUUGUCAGAUGACAACUGUCAAAUUGGUGACAUGGGCCAGUGAAUAUUACACUAUCUUGAGUUGAAUUUGUACCUUACAGUGACACUACAUGGUUCAUUUCGUGUGCAAAAUUUAUGACACAUUUUAUCGUGGAUACAUGUUUUUAAAAUAAACUUCUUACAUGUAAUAUAGUAAUUACUGCUCGUCAGUGUCAUGUUUACACUUCUGAGAGCCUAGUAACGAUGACAAUCGUUAGCACUACGACAACGAAACGCUGUCUCUCUAUCACUCUUACAUUUUAAUGCGAUAAAGAAAGGUAGCGUUUCGUUUCUCUACGAACGUUUGCCAUCUUGGUUACGGGCCCUGAGUAGAGUCCAAGCUAAACUACACGGACUUGGCGUCAAAAAUAAAAACGUUGGUCCUUAGCUUAUUGUUAGACGAACUAUGAACUGAUAAUGUAAAACUGACAAAUAAUGUUUUGUGCUCCCAUGUAACUCGUACUACUUCCAAGUGUUACUUGUCGAUGUUGGAAUCAAUUUUGUGGAAACGUUUUUGUAAAACUAUAAAAUGGGAAGGUAUGUUAAUUAACCUUUAAAAGGGCCCACUGACUACUAUUUCGUCGGACGAUAUCGGCCUGUCAGUUAUACGCAAAAUUUGACAGCUCCAUACAACUGACAUCGUCCGGCGAACUGGUAAUCAGUGGGCCCCUUUAAACGCCACACCUAUCGUGCGCGCCGCGUCAUAGUGAACCUUGACGUAAUGCACGAAGGUUGUUAUUGGGCUGUGGCCGCGCGCGUCAGAUGACGUUUUUGGCGGUCAAAUGGUUAAAUUGUCAACAACACUUCCAACAUGUCGGCCGCGAUACGUUAUCUCGUUCUAAUUAAAGCUCCAUCUCACUAUCUGGGACAGAUAUAUCGCAAAGGUUUGUAGGGGUCCUAAUUAUUACUAUUUACGUCUACUAUACUGCUACUUCUUACUACUGCCACGAAAGGAAUUAAUUAUGGCAUAUUAAGUUGUCAUUUCUACAGACUCGUUUCCAAAAUCGACCAAAUUUUGUCGUGAUUAUAAGUGCAAACCGAUUUUUAUUUGUAAAUAUUAUGGAUUGUUUGUAAGCAUAUAAUUAUUUAAUGUUCUAUAGAUGUCAUAUUUAAUUUUUUUAUUUUAUUUAAAACAUUUUGGAGAUCAUUUCGAUGCUUAUUUUUUAUUGUAAAGUUUUGUAAUUAUGUAAUUUUAAUUUUUAUGACCAAAUCUAUUAGGUUUUAAACAGAUGUUAUUAAAGUAAGGUUGCCGAAUAGGAAGAAUUUCGUAUAUUGUCUAUCUCCGCUCAGAAGCGGCGCUGUGCGAGUGUGACAGCAAUAUAAAAUCACGCGUGCAAGAAGGAAAUAUAUACAUACCGAAUCCUAUGGUCAAUGAACGAAAUUCUUCAUCGCUUGGCGUCUAUACUUUAGCUUUAGGGGUUAUGCUGACAAAGUAAAACGGAUUAACAACCAAGCAAUUUAAAUGAAAACCUUAUUACAGUGAACACAAGGUCUAUAUUGACUUAACGCGUUGUUACGUCAUUUUACUUUGAAUAGUAAUCGGCUGAUUUGAUAUCUUAAUAACUACGUGAUUUUAAAUUUAAGAUAGUCUUUUUAUUUAUUAUCCUCCUUAACAAUCGUCUGGUAACGAUUGGAGCAACUAAAAAUUAUUAAUAUAAUGUUUUUUUUUUUUAUAUGGACAAACAGGCGGCGGUAGCACGGCUGCAUUUUUAUCGCUGCAAUGUAUGGAGCGCCAUACAUUCCACGACUUCUCUUUCUGCACCGACUUUAGACAUGUUUAUUUUGUAUUUAAACCAGCCGAAACCCCUAAGCGUAUCGGAAAAGAAUGGCGUUCGAGGUCGAAUGACAAUGAUAAAUGUAACACACAUACUAAUUACAUGUGAAAGAAAUGUUGCAGUAAACGCACUCUCCAAACCGACCAUCAUACAACAAAUUGAUGCAAAGCCAUUUGACCCAUAUGAUCUGUAGUAACACACGUCUGAUACUGAGUCGCUACGACCCACAUUGAGUUAGUAUCACACGUGUGAUACUAGGGCGCUCCACAGGUUAAAUAGUCGUUCGACCCCAUGCUGGUCCCUAAAUAUACGGCAACGUCGCUUGCAAGUCGCUUAAUACUUCCAACAACUGUCAAGUGGUGUGGGUUACCAUGGCAACACACUAAUAAUAUUAGACUAAUAUCGUUCGAGAAAUGGGCCCCAGGUAUCAGUCUCGUUUCGAUAGAGUUGUCUUGGGCAAGACUUGCAUUCGGCGUUGCCUGCAGCAGGGAGUUCUAAGUAGUGAGCCAAAAGUCACAUGAAAUUGUUCUGAAAUUGUAUCAUGGACACUAAGCGUCAUACUUAUGACCGCCAUUUUUCAUAUCCAAAAAUAUUAUCAGACGCCAACAUGGAUACAUAUACAUAUGCAGAUAAAGUAAGGACGCUAGGACGAAUAAUUUCGUACAAUGACCCGCCUGUUUCUAUUUCUAUCGCAAGCGCAUAAUUAUAUUUCCGUCCCGCUUGCAUAGUAGCAUUGACCGCCGGCAUCUUCGGCGGGACAGCAAUAUAAUAUGCGAUGGAGAUGGAAACAGGUGGGUCAAUGUAGGAAAUUCUUCGUGCUUCGUGUCCUUACUUUAGCGUGAAUAUGACAAAUAGCCCGAAUAGGGUCCAGAAUGUUGCAGUUUUUAUACUCGAGUAUAAGGGAUAUUUCCUUGAAUUUGGCACAUUUAGAACUCUUCGCUCCGCUCGUGUUUAGGGCCCGUGACGCACCUAGUCGGCACAUCGUGCGAGGUAGUUAAGAUGAAUAUAUUUUAAUAUUUAAACAACGAUUAACUUGUUUUUUUAUUGUAAUUAUUUUAAAGUGUACUGUAAUAAACGCGGAUCAAACUUU